AUGUUGACCACUAAGGUGUUGCUGCUGGCGCUCAUGUCGGCUACGUCCGGAUCAGCUGCGGCUACUCAAGACCGCAGGGCGCCACAAGUCGAAGCUGGAGCGCCAAUUGAAUCGUCGACUAGUGCGUCAGAGCAAGAGACGGCAGGCGGAGACGUUGCGACAUGCGGCGGCAGCAGCACUUACUCACAGAAAAAAGGCGACUUCAACAUCACAGCUUUCCAACUGUACCCGGAGCAGGCCGAUCACGAUCCCAGGACAUGCCGCACAUACUUUAGCGUGUUGUACAACGCCUCGGUUGCAGUGUGGGACUCAAAAACACAGAGCCUUCUCGAACCCAUCACCGUCGAAAACAUGACUGGCAACAAGGCCCUCCACGCCAGUGGUGUUCAGGUCAACCCGCAAGACGACACGCUGGCCUUCAUGCUCAACGCAGGUGCUGCCUUUGACACCCAGGGCCAAAACGUCACUGGCGAUAACAAUCUUGUUGUCUGGGACUUGAAAGCAAAUAAAAUGAAGUUCACAAUUAACCUUUCGGACCAUGCGGACAAGGACCACAGAGGUUUUCAAGAUAUGGAACAUGAUAAAGAUGGAAACAUCUUCGUCAUGUCUACAUUCGGGGGCAGUCUGUUCCGCGUCAACGCCAAUGGUACAGCGGUUGAGAAGUGGUGGCUUAGCGACAAGAACUCUUCCACGGCCGGUCUUACUGGACUAGCCAGGCUCGGCGAAGACAGCCUUAUUGCCGCCGACCAGAGUGAGGGGCAACUCUUUCGCUACAGCAUGAACGAGGAUGGCAAAGAUAAGCGAACGCCGGUCGAGCUUAAGCCCACAGCAAACCUGACCUCGUCAAUGGACGGCGUCUACUUCCCUCCCAAGCACAAUCAAACGUGCCUCCUCGUGUCAGAUAACGAGAAGGGAACGCUCGUUCUUCACUCAGAUGACAAAUGGAAAAUCGCCCAGCUCCGCGGUAUCAUUCCUAACAAAUUCAGCAGCCAGCAGGGAUUCACUGUCGCCACGGUCCAGAUCGUUCACCGGAUAUUUGCCGUUAUUGAGUGGUUCCUGGAUGGUGGCGAGGAUGAUCAGAACAACGCCCUUCCCGGAAACAGGACUGAGUUCCCCAUGGUUGACAUUACCGACGACGUUGACAAACUCUGUCAAGGCAAAAAGCCAGAGGCUUAA